AAGAGGACUGCCCAUGCCGACUGUUUGCGAAGUGGGGAAGCAGUACCCAGAACCGCCGUACCAGGACAGACCACUUCCAAUGUCCCAGCAUGAGACGUCUCCGGCUGCACUGCGGAGGGCCAGCAACCACCGACGGGCCAACCCCUGCUGCCUGUGCUGGUGCUGCUGUUGCAGCUGCUCCUGGAAUGAAGACCGGGAGAGGGCCUGGAGAGCAUCUCGCGAAACCAAAUUGGAGACCAUUCCCAACUGUGAAUCCUGCACCAAACCGACCACCGAAGAAGUCAAGGGCUGGUCCCAGUCAUUUGACAAGUUGAUGAAAAAUCCAGCUGGCAGGAACGUGUUUCGGGAAUUCUUACGGACUGAAUACAGCGAAGAAAACAUGCUCUUUUGGUUAGCGUGCGAGGAACUCAAAAGCGAAUGCAAAAAACAUGACAUUGAUGAGAAAGCACGGAUGAUCUAUGAAGAUUACAUCUCCAUCCUUUCUCCCAAGGAGGUCAGCCUGGAUUCCCGCGUUCGCGAAGGCAUCAACCGCAAGAUGCAGGAGCCCUCCUUGCACACCUUCGACGAUGCGCAGCUACAGAUUUACACGCUGAUGCACAGAGACUCCUACCCCCGUUUCCUGAACUCUGCCAUAUACAAAGCUCUGCUCCAGAGUGUCUCUCGGUCAUCUUCGGAGUCUUAAGCCCUUCCGUACCAUUG